UCGCUCAAGUUCAAGUCCGGAGGACUUGCCCAGUCUCCUCCCCUUAAGUCAUUCUCCAUCCUCUGGCAACCGCUGAAAGCCCGGAGUUCUGGGCUGCUGGUGACAGUGCCAGCACAGGCAGUCCGGGUCGGUCGGGUGCAGCAGCCCGGCGCAUUAGUCUCUCUCCCUCCUUUCUUUCUUCCCUUGUCGUCUUCUCUACCUGCCCCUCCUUCUCUUGCCUCUUAAGUUUCCUGUACCGGGAACUCAACUGUGCCAAGCCUAGGUUCCCGCGGACCAAUCCAGAUCGCGACCCCGGCACUGGGACAACGACUCUGCCAAGGCUGGACAAGGCAACUGUACUCGUCCUCGCCCGAGCAUGGAGACGGAGCUCCGGGGAGGGCAGGUCCCGGGCGCUGGAAACGCCAGGCCGUAGUAGCUCCUCCAUGGAGCCUGUUCAGAGCGGUCCUUGCUCGCUGCAUUUGCCUCCAGUCCAGUGCAGCUGCUGAGAGCGCUCCCUGAUCUGUAAAGUGGAUGUCAGGUGGAUCUAUGUUUUUGAAGGAACAAAGACUCAGCCAAGGCACCGCCAAGGAAGUUUGAGAGGAGGGAGGAUGCAGGCUGCGUGCUGGUACGUGCUUCUCCUACUGCAGCCCACUGUAUACUUGGUCACGUGUGCCAACUUAACAAACGGUGGAAAAGCGGAACUUCUGAAGUCGGGAAGCAGCAAAUCCACACUAAAGCACAUAUGGACAGAAAGUAGCAAAGACUUGUCCAUCAGUCGGCUCCUCUCACAGACUUUCCGUGGUAAAGAAAACGACACAGAUUUGGACCUGCGCUAUGACACCCCAGAACCUUAUUCCGAGCAAGACCUCUGGGACUGGCUGAGGAACUCCACAGACCUUCAGGAGCCUCGGCCCAGGGCCAAACGACGGCCCAUUGUUAAGACCGGCAAGUUUAAGAAAAUGUUUGGAUGGGGUGAUUUUCAUUCCAACAUCAAAACAGUGAAGCUAAACCUGUUGAUAACUGGGAAAAUUGUAGAUCAUGGCAAUGGAACGUUUAGUGUUUAUUUCAGGCAUAAUUCCACUGGUCAAGGGAAUGUAUCUGUCAGCUUGGUGCCCCCAACAAAAAUUGUGGAAUUCGACUUGGCACAACAAACCGUGAUUGAUGCCAAAGAUUCCAAGUCCUUCAACUGUCGCAUUGAAUAUGAAAAGGUUGACAAGGCUACCAAGAACACACUCUGCAACUAUGACCCUUCAAAAACCUGUUACCAGGAGCAGACCCAAAGUCACGUGUCCUGGCUCUGCUCUAAACCCUUCAAGGAUGAACAGGGCAUGAGACUGAAGCCUGAGGAAUUAGAGGUCACAGGAGAGGGCUGUUACCUCAAGGAAGAAGGUCCCAUCUGUUGCCUGGAAUGUGUCUACACUGCUGCUCUUGUUGACUGGUGCAAACAUGCUAGUGGAAAACAGUUGAUGUAACCUCUGCCCAGUCAGCUGCAUCUCAGCAUACUUGUAAAUCAUCGUAGAUCUCCAAGUCUCACCUGAAGACACGCUGUCACAUGUAGAGGCACACGAGCACCACCCUUGCACAUCUCAGCUUGCAUCUCUCAUGGUUCCCUUUGAGAGGGCUUUCAUUGUCUGACUCAUGAUGGUUCAGGAUAAACUAUGAUCAAACACAGAGAAUUAGACAGAGGAAGUGUCUAACAUGCUGUUAUGGAAAUCUUUUUAAGGUCUUGAGUCCAUGCUAAUCAAUAGUCCCCACUCACGCAUUCCUACUGCUUGGAGUAGCUGUGCUGGUGAAUACUACUGUAGGAGUUAUAUGCUUGUUAAAUGGAAAAAAAUGUGUCUUUAGAGCUCAGUAUUCUUUAUUUUAUGAACACAACAAAGUGUAGUAACUUUUCCCCAGCAUACAGUAGGCACAUUCAAGGUGAUACAGGAUGGCUUUUCUUUCUAUGGAGGGAGGAGCCCAUUCUCAGUAAAGAUGAGCAAACAUUUGGAAUUUACAUGUGGGCAGACACUGGGAAGACAGCUUUUCUCGCCUAUCACCGGACCAUUGCAAUGUUGAGAUCAACUAAGACUGCUUAACACAAGUUCUGAUCAUUCUAUAAGAAGGGAAAUGCUUGGCAGACACCAUGUAAGUUGUAAGUGUCUGUCUUAUCUUUACUACACAUAUUGUAACAAAUUCAAUAUCCUAGUCUUCAUUUGUAUGAAUGGUUUGUAUUGUACAUAGUUUAACCAAGUGUUAUUUGAGCUGCUUAUUAAUAUUAAAUUGUACUUGUCUCUCUGCUUGUUAUUGGUUAAAAAGAAAAAAAGGAUCUGAGGAAUCCAUUUAUUCAAUGUAGCUGUGAAUUCCAUUAAAAAAAGACAGAUUUAAUGUACAAAGCAUUUAUUCAGCUCCAGUAUUGUUGAAAGCUAUACAUAUACAACAUUACACUGUCUGUAUUUAGAUAUUUUAUUUCUGGAAAAAAGAAAUGUACAUAAAAAUAAAACACUUAAAGUUGAGUUUCAAUACGUAUUUGUGUAAGAUGGUGAUUUAAAUGGUUCUGACAGGAAGAAUGUGCUGGAAUACAGCCAUGGCUUUGCAUCUCAUGUCUUUGAAUUUGAGCAGAGUUCUAUAAAUUGUUAUUAGCUACCCAGUCAAAACAGCUUAAGAAUUUCAGUCUCAAGCUUAGAAAAUAAUUGUGGCAUAAAACACUGCAUGCAUUUUUGGUUUAUUGUAAUAUUAACUACUCAAGAGUACCAAGGAAGAAAAAAAUUACAAGUGAACAUAGGGAGAAUAUUGUUGUUGCUUAAAUUAAUUAUAGUGAGUAGGUUUUCUCCCCUGUACAGUCUUUAUUUAGUAGGAGCAUUGAAAUGAAAGCCAUGUGUUCUCUUUAAAAGAAAACCAAGAUGUCUUGAGGAUUGUAACUGAAUUUUCCUGUGUCUGUUGUGAUGACACCAUCCAGCUGGAGAAAUUGGGACAGCAGUGGAGGGCUCCUAGUCUCAAAUUGAUUAUAACAGAUGAGCUCAAAUUAUCUAUGUAGCUUUCUUGGACAUAAGCUUUAUUUUUAAAGUUGAUGUGCACAGUCUUAGAAAAAUAAACAGCUGAAGAAAUGUAUGAGAUCACUCAUUUUUAAGACUAUAGAUUUGAUGUUGAAAUAUGAAGAAUCUCAAAAGUUAACCAAAGAAGAGCACUCAUCCAUCCAUGCUCACCCUUCCCACACUGCCUAGGCUGGACCUAUUUUUCACAGAGAAAGCAACAGAAGGAUGA